AUGGAAAACAACGCCGGAGCUGAACCCCAACGUAUUUAUGAAGACUUUGAACCCUACUGCAAAUGGAAUAAGCCCGACACGGUUGAGAUCCAUCUUCCAGAUGGUUUCAGAAAGGAACACCUCAAGGUCCAAACCAAUAAUUUGGGGAUUCUUACAAUCCAUGGAGAGCGUCCCCUGAGUCUCAUGAACACAUGGAGCCGCUUCCACAAAGAAAUCAAACUUGCAGACAAGAACUGCGAUCCAAAUGAAGUUCGUGCCAAGCUUGCGGGAGGAGUUCUUACAGUUACGAUGCCUCAGAAAGUUUCCAACGUCCACAUUUCCAGUCCUCCCAAGAACACUACUACUAGUACUCAAAAGGAAAAACUAGUGGUACCAGCUGAUCAUCUUCAACAAGCCAAAACUACAAUUAAAGACCAAAUAAGUGAUUACAAAAAUAAUAAUAAUGAUAAUGAAUGUAAAGGCCAAAGGACUUCUUCUUGUGGUACCAGUACUGCUUUACUUUCAAGAUCCAAAUUAGUGGGAAAAGAUGUUGCUUUCAAGCUUGGGGUGGCGGUGGCGGUGGCGGUGGUCGCUUUUGGUUUCGGGGCAUAUGUUGUCAAAUAUUACAAACAUGGACACCCAUAUUCCUAUUCCUAUUAG